CUGCACAUCUGAACGUGAGAAAUCGAAUCUCCACAUUUGAGACCGAUAGAGGUUUGUUGAGGAGUGAUGGGUGCUCACGGAUCCAGUCUGGAUGAGGUCUUGGCUGAAGAUAUGCAUCACUGGUACAACAAAUUAUUGAAGGAAUCGCCUUCUGGUCUCAUCACGCUGUUUGAACUGAAGACCAUGCUUCAGAUGCAGGGUAUGACGGAGGAGGCCAAUGGUUAUGUGGACCAAGUGUUUGUCACCUUUGACAUGGACGGGGAUGGAUAUAUAGAUUUUGUAGAAUACAUCGCAGCUGUAAGUCUUCUAUUGAAAGGAGAGAUCAACCAGAAACUCAAGUGGUACUUCAAACUCUUUGAUCAGGAUGGAAACGGCAAGAUCGACAGAGAUGAAAUGGAGACCAUAUUCAAAGCUAUCCAAGACAUCACCCGCAGUUACGACAUCCCUCCAGACGAUAUUGUAAGUCUGAUCUAUGAGAGAAUUGAUGUGAACAAUGAAGGUGAGCUGACAUUGGAGGAGUUCAUCACAGGGGCGAAAGAACAUCCAGAUAUCAUGGAGAUGCUCACCAAAAUGAUGGACCUUACACACGUGCUGGAGAUCAUAGUCAACGGACAGCAAAAAAAGGAGUGACUUGUGUAUCACGAUUCAGACAAACAUGUGACACAAUCCCCUCGCAGUGAAAAGAUGACAAGUGCGCGGGCUUUAAAAGAAAGCGUAAAGCUGACUUUCGUAGUAGAGGGCAAAAGUUGGUAGCAGCAUUGGAGAGGUGGACCUCAAUGUACCACAUUGUGUCCAAACACAUUCUCUCUAUCUCUGUGCCUCUGUGUGUUCAAUGAGAAAAGCUCUUUGAUUAUAAAUUCGCCUGGGUGUGAUUAUGCACACUAAAAAUUCAUCACAGUUACAGUAAAAUUUACAUUUAGACAUUUAACAGACGCUUUUAUUCAAACCAACUUACAAAAGUGAGGAGUAUGAAUCGAUUCAUCCUAAGGAGGCAAUAAUAUGAGAAAUGCUGAGAUACAGAGUUUUAACAAAUGUUAGAGACACACCUGCUAAGAAUCUUCCAUGAUUCGGAGUUUUUAAGAUGAUUCCAGAAGUGAUGAACAGUGAAGGAGAAUAAAUGGGAGAGCGCUUUUGUGCUCUUUUUAGAGGAAACCACAAGGUCACAUUCAGUGACCACAGGGUGGGACGCUAUUCAGACACUUAAAGGGAUAUUUCACUGCUGAAUCAAAAUUUUCCCAUGUUUUACUCGCCCUCAAGGCAUCCUAAACAAAUAUGAUUUUCUUCUGGAAGAAUAAUGCAGUCAUUGUUAUAAUCCCAAGCAUCAUUUUACUUCCAAGCGGUAGAAUGGGAGUGGAUGGUAGUUGACUUUUUGAAGGUCCAAAAAGUACAUCCAUCGAUCAAAGAAUGGCUCGACAUGGCUCUGUGGUCUUAACAAAGGUCUUCUGAUGCGAAUCGAUGCGUUCGUUUGGACCUUUAAAAAGUCAGCUACCAUCCACUCCCAUUCUACCGCUUGGAAGUAAAAUGAUAUAUGCCUUGAGGGCGAGUAAAACAUGGGGAAAUUGAGAAUUUUGCCUGAAAUAUCGCUUUAAGCCAUACUUCCAAAUGUAUGAAUGCCAUUGCGAAAUUACCGAAGGACAACAGACAUUUUGCUAAAGGAAGUUUGUUUUAAACAAAUAUACAGUACUACACAACCUUAAAAACUAAAAUGACAUUAUUGUAACAACAAAGUAUUUGAUUCUUAUAAAGAGCAAAUAUGCACACCAGAAAAUCAAAGGCAACUGUCUAUCUAUUUUAUGGGUCGCCAUGACAUUCAUAUAUUUAAAGAGUUGCUAAAGUGUCCUUUUGGGCCCUCUGUAUAGGAAGGCACCAGUGUUAAAUAUAUAAUUGUACAGUUUUCUAUUAAUAUUGAUUUUGUGCAAAGUCAUAUAGAGUUAUCCAGUGUGUGUCUUGUAACUAUUGCCAUGUAUCAAUAAAUAUGUUCACUUUUCA